CAAGCACGCCCACAGGGCCGCCCGACGAGCUGAGCAGCAGCGCCACACGCAGCAGCGAUAGAGAGACGUGUGCGGCUGCUGCGUGUGCAGAACAUUGAAGCGGAUGCUUGUGCCGUGUCGGCGUGCAUGCGGGGGAAAGGACAUUCAGGAUCAUUGUGAUUGCUUGCUCGCCAUGCAGUCGCUCGUAUGUAUGCAGCAACAUCACUUAAAGUCAAACGCAUUCCCUCACCUCCAUCCUUGCAAGCGUACUGCCACAUCCUACAGCUCGCACACCAUCACACAGCAAGUCUUGAACCACGCGUCGAUCUUAUCGCCCAGCAUGGCACUCAGCAGCAAUCCCAAAGACCUCGUCAACCUGCGCAAGCAGCUCGCGUUCUACGGAGCAUACCAUACCAACCCAGUCAAUGUUGCCAUUCACAUCGUUGGCGUGCCGACCAUCAUCUUCGGCACAGAAUGCUUGCUUGCUGCCAUAGGUCCAGUGCAAGCACCCGAAUGGGCCAAGCCGAUGCUCGACUCUCUCUCCGACGCCGCACCAGACAUUGUCUCGAAGUAUGCUAGGCUCAAUUGGCCCGCACUCUUUGCAGUCUCGUACUGGCUGUACUACACUCUACUGGAUCACGUGGCAGCGAUACUGCUGCUUCCUAUCUGGGCUGGUCUGUACUUUGCUGUGCAGUACGUUGCUUUGGAUCAUCCGGCCGAUUUGGUCAAGGUUGGGUCCAUCGCUUCAGCAAUCGGUUGGAUUAGUCAGUUCUAUGGUCAUGGCGUACAUGAGGGAAGGGCCCCAGCACUGCUGGACAAUCUGUUGGGAGCAGUCGUCCUUGCGCCAUUCUUCGUUUGGCUGGAGGUCAUCUUUCACCUGGGCUACAGACCCCAGUUGCAGAAGCAGCUCAACAAUGACAUUGGAAAGCUGGUGCUGGAGUUCCGAAAGGGCAACAAGAAGGCCAGCAAGGAGGUAGCCAAGGGCAAGGCUGCUUGAACGCUGAAUGCAUGCCAUAUAUCGGCUGUUGUGUUCUCGUUCUGGUCCAACAGUCCCUUUCCACAAGCGGAAUGGCCGCUCUACGCUCACCAUCCUGCAGUGAAUACUUGCUGCUGCUACUACUGUGUCGUCAGACACGCUUCUCGUCCUCAUCGACCCAGUAGCCCCUCUUCUCCCAAGCAGGCUCAUCUGUGUAGCGAUUGCUUUGUAUUCUUUCGGCUCGCCUUUGCGCUGCUUCUUGCUCAUAUCGCAUGGCUUAUUUU